GAAAUUUUCCCCAUUUCAUUCUCCAUCAAAACACAAAACACCACACUCCGACUAAAACCGGAAAACCCAAUGCAGUCAACCCUUCCUCGCUCGAAGGCUAGGGGCCCCGAGCCACCACGUCUGUUAACUGUAACUCCUAAGCUAUGAGAUGAGGUACUUUCGCUCCAUCUCAUCUCCAUUAUUUUCAUCUGCACAACCCCAUCGCAGAACCUCUGCAACUCCCCUCUUAACUCGACAAUGCUCCUCUUCUUCUCCUUCGCCUCGUCCCCAACCUCCACCUCCUUUCUUUUCUCAAGAAUCAGUAUUGGAAAGAGCUCGUAGCCUUCCAAACCCUAAUUCAUAUUGUAACCUCUCUCAUCGCCAUUACUGUUCCAGCACCCAACCGAGCGCUAGGGUUUCAGAGAUCGUGAAUGACAUCUCUGGUUUGACUCUGAUGGAGGUUGCAGACUUAGCAGAGGUUUUGCGCCAGAGGUUCGACAUAAGUGAGAUGCCUAUCAUGACUGUUAUGAUGCCUGGAAUGGGAAUGAGCAUGGGCAGAGGGGCUUCUAAGGCUGGAGCGUCUGAAAAAAGUGAAGAGAAGGUGGAGAAAACUGUGUUUGAUUUGAAGCUUGAGGGCUUUGACGCUGCUUCGAAGAUUAAGAUCAUCAAAGAGGUGAGGACUUUCACUGAUUUGGGGCUCAAAGAAGCUAAGGAUUUGGUUGAGAAGACGCCCACUGUGUUGAAGAAGGGGGUUCUUAAAGAAGAGGCAGAGAAGAUUAUUGAGAAGAUGAAAGGUGUUGGUGCUAAAGUUGUGAUGGAAUGAUCAGUUGAGUGGCCCAAGGUUUGGCUUUUAUUUUGUUUGCUAAAAUGCUUGGGAGACCCAUUUUUCGGACCAUUUCUCUCUCUGUGUGGGGAUAUUAAAAGAUUUUGAGAAACAGUGUAUCUUUCUUUGCCUGUUAGAUCCGUUUGCAACAUAUUGUACUUGCAAUUGUGGUUUUAGUUAUUUUCUCUUAAUAAUCUGAGUUUAUAUGA